GAGCCGAGCCCGAGGCCGCCGGUUCCGCCGCUGCCGCGGAGAGGGCCCUACGGGCCCGGGGGUCGCGGCCGCGGCCUUGCCUGUGGCUCGGGGCUGCCGCGUCCGAGCGGGAGCGGGUGGCGCGGAGGAUGAGCUGGUUCAACGCCUCACAGCUGUCCAGCUUCGCUAAGCAGGCGCUGUCCCAGGCCCAGAAGUCUAUAGACCGGGUGUUGGACAUCCAGGCCGAGGAGAGCCCCUGGCCCGAUGCCGUCAUCCCCGACUACGGCGACGGAACAAAUUCUCUCAUAAGUGGAGGAUGGGAUACCUCUUCAUGGGGUUUAAGUUCGAAUACAGAACCACAGAAUCAGCCAGUAUCACCAACAGCAAUCACCAAACCAGUGAGGAGAGCAGUAGUAGAUGAGUCUGAAAACUUCUUCAGUGCCUUUCUCUCUCCAACGGAUGUUCAGAGUAUACAGAAAAGUCCAGUGGUGUCCAAACCUCCGGCCAAAUCGCAGCGACCCAAGGAGGAGGUGAAAAGCACUUUAAAGGAACCUCAGCACUUCAGUCAGCUGGAAGUACUGGUGACUACAGAGGCAGAAGUGAAGGAUUCCUCUGUAGGUGGCCUAGUGGACUUGAAAAACCGUGAUAGUCCAAAGGAGAAACUAGGAGAGAAUUCUGUGCUUAAAUCUAAUGCUGAGCAUGAAGAAAGCACAAAUGAAGUUGCUGACAAAAAGGCGUCUGCUCUAAAUUUGAAAGAACCUGAGGAUGCUCUUAAUGGAAAAUCCAAUGUGGGGGCAGAUAGAACUGGAGGUGCACUGGAUAGCAACUCACAGCCUCCUAAUACAGGUACAAAAGAUGCAGCCUUGGAAACUAAGGAACAAAAAACUGAGGACAGGCAAAGCAAUACACCAUCACCCCCAAUAAGCACUUUCUCCUCGGGGACAUCCACAACUAGUGAUAUUGAAGUUUUGGACCAUGAAAGUGUAAUAAGUGAGAGCUCAGUAAGUUCAAGACAAGAAGCUGCAGAUUCAAAAUCCAGUCUUCAUCUAAUGCAAACGUCGUUUCAGCUUUUAUCUACAUCUGCCUGUGCAGACUAUAAUCGUUUGGAUGACUUUCAAAAAAUGACCGAAAGCGGCUGCUCCUCUGAUGCUUUUGAAAGAAUAGAUUCAUUUAGUGUGCAGUCUUUGGAUAGUAGAAGUGUAAGUGAAAUAAAUUCAGAUGAUGAAUUAUCAGGCAAGGCUUGUGGUUCAGCAUCUGUUGCUAUCAGUCCUUCUGCACCAAAGACAGAAACGGUUGACCCCCUGAAAAGUAAAUCUGAAGAUGUGAACGAAAGUCCUGUGGUACACACUGAGGAAGCUGAGAUGGAAGAGAGUGGGAGAAGUGCAACACCUGUUAAUUCUGAGCAGCCAGAUGUUUUGCUGUCUGCCGUGCAAACUGAGGAACAGGUUGGGAAAGAGGAGACUGAGCCUCAGCCCGAUGCUGAUGGAACGGUGCUGGAAGAGGACUCUGAAGUGGAAAAGCUUAAAAAGAUGAUUGAUUCAUUAACUGAGAAACUGGAGAAGAGGGAAACACAGUUACUGAGUACAAGUAAAGAGAAGGCACGGCUGGAAGAAGCUUAUGAUAACCUAAAGGAUGAAAUGUUUAGAGUGAAAGAAGAGACCAGCAGCAUUUCAUCUCUUAAGGAGGAAUUUGCACAGCGAAUAGCAGAUGCUGAAAAGAAGCUCCAGGUAGCAUGCAAAGAAAGAGAUGCAGCUAAAAAGGAAGUAAAGACCGUUAAAGAGGAGUUGGCUACUAGACUUAAUACCAAUGAAACUGCUGAAUUACUGAAAGAAAAAGAAGAGCAAAUCAAAGGAUUGAUGGAGGAAGGAGAAAAACUUUCCAAACAACAGCUUCACAAUUCCAACACUAUUAAGAAAUUAAGAGCAAAGGAGAAAGAAAGAGAAAAUAUUAACACAAAACAGAACAAAAAGAUUAAGGAACUGGAAGAAGAGUUGCAGCACUUAAAACAGGUACUUGAUGGCAAGGAAGACCUUGAGAAGCAGCAUCGAGACAGCAUUAAACAACUGAACAUUGUUGUGGAGCGACAAGAAAAGGAUCUUGCUAAGCUUCAGGCAGAAGUGGAAGACCUUGAAGAACGGAACAGAAGUGUCCAGGCAGCACUUGACAGUGCAUACAAAGAACUUGCAGAUCUUCAUAAAGCUAAUGCUACAAAGGACAGUGAGGCACAAGAAGCCGCCCUGAGUCGGGAAAUGAAGGCAAAGGAAGAGCUUGGGUUAGCACUGGAGAAGGCCAAGGAUGAGGCACGGCAGCAACAGGAAGCUUUGGCAAUUCAGGUGGCAGACCUGAGGCUAGCUCUGCAACGUGCAGAACAGCAGGCAGCGAGAAAAGAAGACUAUUUACGUCAGGAAAUCAGUGAACUACAGCAGAGACUCCAGGAAGCAGAGAGCCGGAACCAAGAACUAAGUCAAAGUGUUACUUCUGCUACACGCCCUCUUCUCCGGCAGAUAGAGAAUUUACAAGCCACUCUGGGAGCACAAACCUCUGCGUGGGAAAAAUUGGAAAAGAACCUUUCUGACAGACUUGGUGAGUCUCAAACUCUUCUAGCAGCAGCUGCUGAGAGAGAACGGGCUGCUACAGAAGAGCUUAUGUCUAAUAAAGUUCAGAUGUCUUCUACUGAGUCUCAGAACAGUCGCUUAAGGCAAGAGAAUAGUCGCCUCCAGGCUCAGGUAGAAAUGGAGAGAAACAAACUGAAGAAAAUGGAAGUUGAAAACAGUAGGUAUGAGGUUGAACUAGAAGAACUCAAAGAUGAAUAUGCAAAAACUUUGGAAGAUGCAAAGAAAGAAAAGGCACUGCUGACUACUCAAUUAGAAAUGGAGAAAAUGAAGAUUGAACAGGAAAGAAAGAAGGCAAUUUUUGCACAAGAAGCAGCAAAGGAAAAGGAUCGGAAGUCAUUUACAAUUGAAACUGUUUCAAGCACUCCAACUAUGUCACGCUCUAGUUCCAUAAGUGGAGUUGAUAUGGCAGGUCUUCAGACCUCUUUUCUGUCACAGGAUGAUCCUCAUGAUCACUCAUUUGGACCAACAGCUACCAGUGGGAGCAAUCUUUAUGAUGCUAUAAGGAUGGGAGCAGGUUCAAGUAUAAUUGAAAACCUUCAAUCACAGUUAAAACUAAGAGAAGGAGAGAUCUCACAUCUACAGCUGGAAAUUGGAAACCUUGAAAAAACUAGAUCGAUAAUGGCAGAAGAAUUGGUCAAAUUAACAAAUCAAAAUGAUGAACUUGAAGAAAAAGUGAAGGAAAUACCAAAAUUGCGUGCACAGUUAAAGGACUUGGAUCAAAGGUACAAUACCAUUCUUCAGAUGUAUGGGGAGAAAGCAGAGGAAGCUGAAGAACUCCGGCUAGAUCUUGAGGAUGUGAAAAACAUGUAUAAGACUCAGAUAGAUGAACUUUUAAAACAAAGACAAAACUAACUCCUGCUGGAACUCCUAAUGGGAUAUGGUAACAGAUUGUAUAGAUAUUUGUUUAUGUAAAUGCUGGAUUAAAAUGUCUUGUUUAAAAAAAAAAAGAGAAUUAAGUGUAUGAUAGAAAAGUGUGUCUACACAAUAGAGUUCAUACAUUGACAAAAAUCAAUGCUUUAAAUGUCUUCUACUGUCUGCAGUUAAAUUAUUUGUGCAAUAUUUAAAAGAGAAAAUUAAGUCAUCUCUGUAUUUCUGUUUUUACUAAGAAAGGACCAUUUUACUUACAAAAACACUAUCAGGAAAGAUGGUUGUUACCUCAUGAGACAGCACUGGAAGGCAUGAGAUUUACUCAAGUGGCCCUUCAUAUACUCAUAUACCCGUGACAAAUCAGAAGCCUUUUUAAAAUGUUCUUUAGAAGAGUUUUUCUAAAAUUUGACCAGGUCAUUUUUAGUAAUGAAAUAGCAGUGGUUUGCAGUCUGAAGGAUAAUUGGGUAUUUUCCUGAAAGGAAGCUCUUACGUUAGGACAUGUUAGGACAACAGUUCUCUGUGUAGAAUAGUCAGCCUGAUCUACUUCUGAGUCCUGUAAAGCAGAGUGUGAGACACAGAUUAAACUGUAUAACCUACAGCUUUAUUUUAUCUAUUGCUCAUGUUGUGUCUCAUGAGCUGUCUGUAGGCAGCUGAUCUGUUUGUCAUUCUCAAUGUUCUUAACUUGUAACACCAGAAAAAUGAAGCGUUCAGUAUUUGCUCUGGGAUUGAAUGCUGACUCUUAUAAUGGUAGCUAAAACGGUUCAGAAGAAUGCAGGAAAAAAAUACGUAUUUUUUGAAAUAAAAGAAUUGCUGCUGCUCUCAUGUCAUCAUUCCUGGUAUAUAAAUAGCAAGGUUUAGGCUUCUACAGAACUGGAUUGCCGCUUAAUAUAGUUUUCAAGCAAGUCUCCAGUGGCUGCAAAGUAUUUCUCAUGCCAUUCCUUGAGUGAGGUAUUGGUCAGACAGCAUCCACGUGGCUUGAUGCCUAGCCAUGCUUUGGGUCGUGUCAGAGGAAACUUUGGAAUUGGACCCUUGGGAAUGCUGAGAAUCGGGGGAAGAAGCUUGUCUCCUCCUCUUUGCAUUCCAGCCAGCAAAUAUUUCUCUGUCUCAGAGCUGUAGCUGUGAUAGACACUCAUGUGAAAUACUCUGCAGUUGAAAUUCUUGACCUAUCAUACUGUUGCCUCCACUUCGAGGGGUUUCUUUUGCAUUUGUGUUGGAGAACUCUGUUUCUGCUUCUGUAUUCAGUGGACAGAAGGAGGCAAAGCUACAGAUGAUGAGAAGCUGUUUUUGUUGAACAGCCUCAGAAUUUAUCACUUUGCCAUCAUAGUGAAAUGUUCUCAGUUGCUUUAAGUUAAAAGGAAAAAGCCUACAACAAAAAACCAAGCCAAAGUGAAAGCAGUCGUCGGAACUUAGAUUUGCAGCAUGUUAAGUCAGCCAGAAUUAGGAUGUGCAACUGUCAGCUCAUCCAUUUCUUGAAAAGCAAAACAAAGAACCAAUCAAACUCCAAAACACCUUAUUUCAUAAAGAUUAACGUUGAGAAACAGCUGUUAUUCUUCGCAGAGAAUCAGUAGAUGGCUCUUUUUACGGUCUUGGGAGACAAAUGGAGCACUUUAGAGAUAUAUAUAGAUCACUUUAUGGCUUUUGUUUGGCCUUAGUACUGCCAGUGUUUUUGAAGGAAACGUUUUGUUUCUAACAUGUGCAGGAUGCUCCUUCACAUGCAGGUUUGAGCGCCUCAGCCUGUCUUGUGUUUCCAGGAGGUAAAUGAGAAAUUGACACACACACACACACACACACUCAGCAUUAACAUUUUUUAGAUACAGAAAUAUUUGAGGGUUUUGUUAGAUUUCCAAAUUGUACAAAAGCAGAUGUAAAUAGCUGUAUUGACUCUUUUUGGAUUCUUUAUUCUCAUUCAAUGCAACAUUUGCUAUCACAGAGCAAUCCAGGGGCCUUCCGUGUCAUAAGCAUCAAAGCCUUAGAAACCAGAGUAGCUGCUGGAAGGUAAUAUAGACUUCUGAUUCACUUUGAUAUCAUACUUGUAGGCUUGUUUUAAGGAAACGUUGAUGUAUACCAGGACAUUUGAUGCUCGUUGCUAUGGAAAGGAAAAAAAAAACACAUGCAAAAAGCAAGCAUUUAGGUCACAAUACUGCCAUCCUCUUCCAUUUAAAUUUGUUAUGUUUAAGUAACCCUCGUGGAAGCAACUAAUUUACAGCUCAUUCUCACUGCAUAGGCGAGUGUGGAGAAAGGUUAUUUAAGGGCUUGCUCAAAGUAUGCUGUUCAGAGGGGUCUUAUUUCAUGCCUUUGGCAAAGGAGGGCAAGGCCUCUGCUAAGGGAGGUGGGUUUGGAUGAGCAUAGAAGGGGCCGGCAUGGUGUUGAGUUGGUGUUGCCUCCUCCAGGAGCAAAGAAGCAAACAUUAAAAACCACAUGUAUCCAUCCAUUGGAAAAAGGGUUGGUUCUGUCCAUUUUUGUCCCGUUAACACGUCUGUUACAAUGCACGUUUCGCUAAGGGCUAUGAAGAUCCUAAAUAAGGAACAACAUGGGUUACCCUGUGGGGAAAACGGAACCUUGGUUUCUAAUUGUAAAAUGUGUAUAGACUGUACAGAGCACAGGUCGGGGUGAAAUAAAACUUUAUGCUAA